AUGAUCCGGUCCUGGACGAACCUGAGCCUGCAAACGGAAGCCAUCGAUGUCGACAGUCUUCAAGUCCUGGCAGCGUUCGUCAACCAGUCACUCGACAUCAACUUGCCUUGUCAGUCAACGGCUCCAUAUUGGGGCGGCUUGUGUCCGCCAAAAUGGUCCUGUCCAGGUCUUGAAGGCACUACGACGGAUAUGGGGACGUUUUCCUAUAUAACGUGGAAAUACAAGGUUGGUCUGUUGGCGAACUCUGUCAACCACGCCUCAAGUCGGAACAGUUCUAUGCCUCCCCAGUAUCCCAAGCUGGACAACACUGGCUUCGUAUUCAACGGCCGGUCCUAUGGCGUUGCCUCGACUGUUGGCCUUGCAUCCCUGACCCAACAAGAUGCGCAGGGCGAGGUUGCCGUACAGGGUUUCUCAUUCCACGAAUAUGGCUACUUGUCCAAUGUGUUCUGUACCUACAACAGAAAGAGCAAGCUCUCGCUCGAGGUAUUGAACCAGGUUACGGUUUCAGGGGGAGACGUAUCGCCACCAGACGUUGUCUGGGCUACCGGAUCGCUGCCGACCGGCCACUGGCAAGGGUUCCCUUUCUGGGGGGUUGGCACUGACACCAUGGUCGCUCUGGCUGCCGUGGGAAACAACGACACGGACCAGUUUGCGUACGGGUUUGUGGCCGGGAAUUUCUACGCCGUCCUGAACCAGGCCCAGUGUGCCGUCACCUUCACGCCGACCCUCUUCCACGUGGAUGUCGAUAUGGGGUCCAAAAACAUCACUGUCACCCCGGAGAUGGCCGGAAGCCGGCCAGUUGUCGACAUAGAUCCCAGUAGGGCCCUCACCAACGUUUCCUUCCUUGGGAUAAGCUACAUGUCCGCCACGCUCACCACACUGUACACGUCCGUUUUCGGGGAUGGGUUUGUCCAGAACAUCGACAACGUCCGGGCCCGGGAAAACCAUACGACCAACACGUCGGCAGAUGCUCUCGCGAGCAUGUCGGAGGGCCUUGAGCUGCUCCUCGACCAGUUCCUCGGCAGCACGGGGGCCGCGCAGCUGAUGCUCUGUGGCGACACGCAGAGCGUAGAGGCCAAUGUGGCCAUUCAAGUUGUCAAGCUCGGCGGUCUGACCUGGGUGAUCCUCUCACUGGCUGCCACCUCGCUGAUUGCCAUCGGGGUGGUUGCGGCAGCACUGUGCACAAGGUAUUGGAGAGGGCUGACGGUGUAUAAUAUUUUUGAUCUGAAGUCGGCCAUCCUAGGCGCCACGACCGACAAAGCAACCAGGCAUUGGAACGGCAAUGCUAAGAAGCGAUGUAGUGUCAAGGUGGAAGGAUUGAGCAACAGGCCUAUGGAGGCUCUGCUCGCAAACUAUUCGCAAAGCACAACUUUCACGUAG